AUGGCUUCGAUGCUUUCGACCCGAGCGGCCAGAACGGUCUCCUGCUCUGCCUGCCGCUCUUUCGCCAGACCCGGUCUUCUCCCCCAGCGUGGACUGUCGACGUCCGCCGAGCAAACACCCACCGACCUUGCAGACAAGCCUCGAUGGUCCUACACUCCGCCUCGGGCGGCGGCUCCCUUUAGCUUGCGGAUUGACUCCAAGAGGCCCGACUUCGUCGUCAAUUCCGAUCCGAAGGUGCUUGAUCAAUUCUACAUCCGCAUGCUGGGCAAUGACGGCGAGAAGAUCCUCUCCGACGAGAUCAAAUGGCUCGCUGUGACACAUAAGAGUUUCGAUCAGGGUCGACGAGGCUUCAACGAUCGAUUGGCUUUUCUGGGGAAACGACUUAUUCAGCUGCAAGCUUCUUUGGCUUUGGCGCAGAGCCCCGGAAAUGCUGCCUCUGCUAAAGAAGAUGCUCCUGGCCGAAAACCCUUUUCCCAUCCCGCAUUGGAAGGCCUGGACAACCUUUCCCUCAACACCAAGAACUUCCUGACGUCGAAGACGAAUAUUGCGGAGCUCGCGCGGAAAUAUGAGAUGGACAAGGUCCUGAGAUGGAGUCCCCGAAAGCCCAACAAUCUCCAGACCUCUGGCAUCGACCUCGUCCUUGCCCACACCAUGUACGCCGUCGUUGGGGCCGUGUCCCUGGAGAAAGGCGGGCACGUUGCCAACCAGGUGGCUCGGGAGCGGAUACUGGCACCGCUGGGAUUUAAUACCACGGCUUAA